GCCUGUUUACAGCGGAGAGGGAUCUCCAGGUUGCCCCUGUUCACAGGCGAAGAUGGAUAGCGAAAAGUACUUACCGGAGCUGAUGGCAGAGAAGGAUUCGCUCGAUCCCUCUUUCCAUCAUUCCUUACGUCUGUUAGACCAAGAAAUCGAAAAAAUUCAGAAGGACGAAGGGAAAGAAGACGAGAAGUUCAUCGACGUUGUCAUCAAUAAGAACAUGAAACUGGGACAGAAAGUCCUAAUACCCGUCAAACAGUUCCCGAAAUUUAACUUUGUUGGCAAACUGCUUGGACCAAGGGGAAACUCAUUAAAAAGGCUACAAGAGGACACACUGACAAAGAUGUCCAUUCUGGGAAAAGGCUCCAUGAGAGACAAAGAGAAGGAGGAGGAGCUGAGGAAGAGUGGUGAGGCCAAAUUCCAGCACCUCAACGAGGACCUCCACGUUCUCAUCGAGGUGUUUGCCCCUCCAGCCGAGGCCUACGCCAGGAUGGGCCAUGCGCUGGAGGAGAUCAAGAAGUUCCUUAUCCCAGAUUACAAUGAUGAGAUCAGACAGGCACAGCUGCAGGAGCUGACGUAUCUGAACGGGGCCUCUGAGGACGCCAAGGUGCCCGCCGUGAGGGGAAAGCCAGUAGCCAGAGGAAGAGGGACGCCCGCUCCGGGCCAGCCCAGGAGUCGCGGAGGAGUGCCCCCUCCGCAGGCCGCAGUGCCGCGUGGGGCAGCACCCAGGGGGGCGCCAUUGAGCCGCCCACCAACCGCCAGGGGCCGAGGAGUGCCGACGCAGAGGGCCCGAGGGGCACCCCCCACGGCUGGGUACCGCCCCCCACCGUCAAUUGUACAGGAAACAUACGGAGAAUAUGAAUAUGAUGACGGCUAUGGAACUGCAUACGAUGACCAGGGUUACGAUGCUUAUGACAACAACUACAGCAGCCAAGGACAGAACUCAGAAGAGUAUUAUGAGUAUGGCCACGGCAUAAGCGACGAAUCCUAUGAUUCAUAUGGACAAGAGGAAUGGACCAGCAGCAGACACAAAGCCAUACCAUCCAGAACUUCCAAGGGAGCAUACAGGGACCAGCCGUACCCCAGAUACUGAACUGCUACAUCACAACAUGUCCUGUGUUGUUCCAAAUGAUGGAUUUUCUAUCGAGGACACCCUUUCCUCCUUUUGGAAUAAAAUGAACAAAAACAAAGAAAAGAAAAAAAACUAACAGAGGUGGAAAAAGGAGAUGGUGAAAAGACCAUUAUAUAGUUGUAAUGCCUGUUUAAAAUGCUGUGGACACUAUAACAGAGACCAAUAACAUACAGUAUGUAAUGACAGCUUCUUCUGGAAAACACAACUGUAAAAUAGGUAAACUAUCCAUUCUUUAUAAAUUAGAAUUUGAAGCCACUGAGCUUGUUAUGUUAAAUAGAAGGUUUUAUUUCUUUAACAUGUUAGUUGCUUUGUUUAAUAGUUUAUUUCUAUUUAUAAUAGAGGGUUGGGGUAGCAUAAGUAGUGUUUUGACUGGUAUCAGCAAUGUUCCUUGUAAAUCUACCUUUGAACAACAAAGACAGGAGAUCAUGUUGCAAAUAUUGUUGUAUUGUUCCUUUUUGUAACUGAGAGUAUUUUAGUGUUAAAGGGCUUAUAGAAGCAUGUUGUGAAAUCUUGUAGGAUCCUUUUUUUUCUUCUUACGUACUCGUCUGGCCCGAUCUGACAUACCCGACAUUGUAUUUAAUCGCAGCAGUGUUUCUUUUCAUUUCAUAAGCAUUUCCUUAAUAAUCGAACCUCAUCGUUUCUGACAGUAAUACAUGCUUCUAAAAGCAUUGAGAUGCUUGUUGAAUAUGAUGGAUAUAUUGAUCAUGUGUUCUCAUUACCUCCAGAGACUAAAAGAAUUCUCGUAACGAAAAGCCAAUUUACUAAAACUUACCAAAACUUCAAUACAGGACACUACAACUCUGUUUAAAGGAAAUUAAUAGAAAAAGACAUAUAAUAAUAAUAAUAAUUAAUAAUAAUAAUUAUUAUUAUAAUAAUAUGAAUAAUAUUAAUAAGACAAUAAUGCAAAUGUUUACAUUGGGAUAUAAAAAUAACCACAGUAAUAAAGAUAAGCCGGUGGCAUUCUUUAAAGGGAGGUUUGUAUUAUUAAAAUAAUGAGCUUUUGUAAGCCCUUUAAUUAAUAUUUUCAUCUUGGUUGAUAAUAAAUAAACUUUUUGAAAAAAAAAUCCUUGUGUGAGAACGUAGUUGUAUUUUUUGUAUAAAAACAACAUUAACAAACAGCUGAAAAUAUAAUAUCAGGCAGUUUUAACAUCUGCAAUUCCUAUCUAGGCCAAAUUCCAAGUUUAAACCCUUAAAAUAUAAAUUUCAUGGUGACGGCACAAAACUUUUUGUUAAAAUAAUAAAAAAAAAAAAAUUGAAGUUAAAAAUAACAUUCUAUCAACUUGAACCUGUCAAGCUUCUGAUAUGUAUUACAUAGAUGUGAAUGAUUCAAGACACCCUGUCUAAUUUACGUCAGCAGUUCCAAUGGUAAUAGUGUUCAAGAGAUAUUUUUAAGUGUGUAGCUGACAGGCCUCUGUGCUACAGUAUACCUAUAAAAUUGCCUAUACUAUCAAAUGUACUAAAUAUCCAUAGAUUCUUCCUUAAUAACUAAAUACUGUUACAAUUAUUAAAAUAAAAAAACAUGUCAAAUAUAAUUUUCAUCAUUUAUAAUGCAUUUUAUCCAAACAGGUAAUUACUAAUCCUGUGUGCCUCUAUUUUCAAGCAAUAUCACAAUAUAGCAUUCAGUUUUAUCACAAUACUUCUCAGAACCCUUUUAAUUCUAGUAUUAGCCUUUGUAUAUAAUAAGCCAGUUGAAUGACUGGAAGGCCUGUUCAGCAUAUUGUAAUUGAUUAGCUAAUCGGCAUAACUGGUACAUUUACAAAUGUUCCCAUCUUUGGCCUCUAUCAUUAGAGGCUGUUUGGCGACUUACUGAAUGUAACGAAUUAGAUGGAGCAUUUGUUUUUAAAUUUCUAUGUGUGUUCUGUGUGUGUCAGAAAAUAUAUCUGCACAGAAUAGAAUUCUUAGAACAGUUAAGAUUUGGAGUAAAAUAAAAGCUUCAUUCCGUUUGUAGAUCUUUGUAGUAUUUUUUUUCUUCACUGUUUCUGUUCUUACUUUUUUUCCUUUUGGUCAAGCAAGACUUUUUCAGUGUCUAAACAGAGUUAAAGAGAAUCUAAAUGAUGUUCACCUUGCCUGAAAGUGGAUGGGAGGAGCUAAUUUAUGCUCUCCAGCUGACAAGGUAAAUAAACCAAAUGGGCAUUUUAAUCAUACCUAAUAUACCUUGACCCCCCCCAAAAGGAAUAAACAAAAAUGGGCAUUUUAAUCAUACCUAAUAGUCUAAUAACAUGCUUAAAAAUGUUUUCUUAAACACUGUUAAAUGUAUGAAGAUUUAAAAUAGGUAGAUAAGUAGUAUUAUUGCUUAUUAGAUUUACGCUAUUAAAAAUAGUGUUGCCAUAAAAAAUACAUGAUAAAUAACUAUAACACUUUAGUAUUUUAUACACAAUAAUUUCAAGACAUUGAUAACAUGUUGUCGUUUAAAUAAAGUGCCAGCAUGCUGUCGUUUUGCAAAUUCUGACAUUAUUUGAAUUUUUAAUUGUAGGUCAAAGGUUAAA